AUGCACAAAAAUGUGCAAAAGUAAUUGAAUAUUUGUCCAACGUUGCUAUAUAUAGCAACGUCAUUACGUUACGAAACGCCUUCUCUGAUGUUUUCGAUUGUUAAAAAAAUCGAUUACGAAUUCCUUAACCGAUUAAAAAAAUUAAAUUGCCUUCAGUCACAGCAGCAAUUUUUGAAAAAUGAAUACCGCGUCAAGUUUGGCAAAUGUUUACGCAUAUUUAUUGCGGAAAUAUGAUACGAAUUAUAUGAUAACUUACUCUACAAGUCCCACUUAUCUAGCCAAUAUCAUUGGUUCCGAUGAGGUUCAUGGGAAAAUUGUGUUAUUUUAUGUUGAGGAUCGUUCCAAAGUCAAGGCAAAUUUCACGUCUCCCUCAAAACUGAAGAUAAGCAAGCCAAAAAGUGAUGAUCUAGACUUGACCGGCAGUCCUUUAAAGGACGAUUGUGAAAUGGAUGCCAUAGACGAGGUUUCCAUAGAUAUGAAUUUAAUAAUAUCAAAUCCUUGGAAAUUGGAAGAAGAGUAUCACCAGGGUAUACCAGUUGAAAAGGUUAGAACAAUAAUGUCAAGUGAAGAAUUUCAACGUGGUUCAUCAGCAAAGGACGCAGCUGGUUCGGUGUGGUUUCUUUGUUCCUGCACAGAUGCAUCGAAGACAUUGCUUUUACAGUAUGAGUUUGCUCCUUACCACUUCCAAAGGGGUGUCAUUACAUAUAUGGGCAUUGUGCCUACAUAUUCGGUAACCACGCAAACUUUAUUGCACCAACAUUACUCGCUAAUGGGCAAGGGUUCAUCCUUAAAAACAUUCAUUGCAAAUACUUACAAUGUUAAGUCGAAUAUGUCCUUGAAGUGUACAUGGUCAACAUCGUCGAUGGUGCCAUCUCUGAUUGAUUUGAAUACAUGUGAGGUGACAUUGAAGCAAACUUAUCGUUUAUGUGAAUCCACACCGGCCACUGAGGUAUUAAUAAACCAGCUUCGUAUUCUUAUGACCAUACGUGAUGAUAUAUUAACCCAUAAACUGGCUGAAAAUUCAGAUAUCUCUCGAGAACCAGUGUACAGAUGUGGCAUUGGCAUUGAAAUGGGUGAAUUACGUGAAAACAUCAAUAAAGUGAUGAUGGAAAUAUCAGAGAUUGAUUCCAGUAAUAGCACUGCUGAGCGCGAUAUAGAAGAGGUCAUACAAAGUGCCAAUACAAGGAAGCUAUCGGAUUUAACGGAUAAGUUGUGGGAUAUUUUAAAACAAUGUUCUUCAUACAAAGACUUGAAGAUGGCAUUUAAUAUACUCUUUCAAUGUGCAGCACGAUGCAACAUUGUGAAUACUCCCACAAACAAGAAUCGUUUGGCCGAAAUCAUUACCGAAGUUGCCAAUCGCCGUUUGGCCAUACCUUGCCUUUCGGGUUCCGAACCUUUGGAGCUAUUAUUGGAAAUUGGUUUGGAGAAACUGUACAAAGAUUACGAAUACAUAUUUGUGGAGAGCAAAAUAUGCAGUGCCAACGAUUUGAAAAAUAAAAGUGUUCCCGAAGAUAAUAAAGAGAAUGCCGGCCUAGUGCCCAAUGUUCGGAAAUCUUUGCGUAAUGCUGUUAUGCAAGAUAGCGCUGCCUUGCGUAAAACUUUACUGCACAACGAUGUAAAACAUACCGCCAGUAGCAUGACAAAUGAUAUACUGGGCUUUAAGAACAGUAACUUUGAUGAGCAUGAAACGGCCAAGACCAUUUCCAAAUUACUACAAAUACAUUGUACACUGGAACAUUUGCUGAUGAUUCACUUACAUCUAAACAUAACUAGUGUAUACUAUGAAGUAUGUGAUCAACUUUUACGCAAACCACCACGUAUGGUAGAUAGUAUAAACGAUUCUCUGGAAGAUGAAAUGGAAAUACAAUUAUCAGUUCAUUAUAUACGCGAACAUUUGGAGGGCAAAGAUCCGCAUUCAAGACGUAUAACAAUGGAAUCGAAAAAUAAAAUACGUGAAGUUAAAACAACUUUUUACUAUAGCAUGGAAAAUGUAUUCCCACCCAAUAUAUCGGAAUGUUUUGGGACCGAAGAAAAGGAAUACAGCAAAGAAAAUAUUUACUAUAGUUGGUUAUAUCGUAAAAUUACUACCAUUAAAAAUCAUUAAUUUUGCAUAGAAAUAUAUCUUUGCAUGUUUGAUGUUCGUUCUAAAAUUCUCAA